GUUCGCAACGCGAUCACUUGCUACCACUAUCGUCCACUAUGAGCCGGCUCAUCGUUGUCUUUUUCUCGCUUCUUACCGUAUUCUUGGCUAUAGGUUUGAGUUGGUAUUACAACCAAUUUUUGAGAGAGAAGAAGGAUGUCAAAGUUCGUAGGCCAUAUGAUCCUAUCACUAUACUUCUUCGAAAACAAUUCCAUCAGGUAGAUGAGAUAUGUAACAAAGAAACAAAGACCUGCUUUACAAUCACGGACAGAAUAGAAAACAGUACUGGACGGACUUUGGCCUACCGUGGUUUACGCGUAAAGGGAAGAGAUGGGGUUCUUCUUCUAUCAGAAGCUCGACUUCUUAUCCCCAAAAAGUUGACCUAUCGUAAUAUGGACACGGCAAAGUGGAAGAUAGAUAAAACGACAGUGCGUUUAGCAUACGCUCGCACCAUGAUUGCGGGUGUAUUCUUCAGUGAAGCCGUGGAGCUGAACUCGACAGUGGAGCAUAAAAUCCUCAUCAUAGGAUUAGGAGGUGGCAUCAUAAAUAACUACUUGAGUAGUAUGACAAAUCAGAAGCUUGAUAUCACGGUUGUUGAUAUCGAUCCUGUGAUGGAAACAAUCGCGACGAAAUGGUACAAUUAUCAAGAAACUCCUAGCCAUCGUAUUGUAAUUGAAGAUGGGCUAAAAUUUGUUACACAAGCAGCAGACAGAGGAGACAAAUACGACGCCAUAAUUGUGGACCUGUGUAUAAACAAAAGGCAGGAGUUGAUGUGUCCUACUGAGCAUUUUGUUGGCUAUGAAGCAAUGUCAAACUUGGCUGCCAUCACUGCUCAAACAGGAGUUGUUAUUGUGAACAUAAUCACCGAAAAAACGAAGUUCCAAAAAGCUGACGAGGUCCACAAAAAGUACAAAGAGCAUUUUGAGUCUUGCGUACUUCUGCCAGCAGGAGGAUCAGAUCGGGAGAUGUUUUGUUUCCGAAAAAAGAAGCCAUGGAAUGAUGAUCCUGACAAAUUGCACAAUCUCGCUCUUGAAGUUGAUAAAGUGACAGGAUUUCAUCUAGUAGAUGGAAUGAAUUAUACGGCUACCCUGGAUUGAAGGUUCUGGAUUUUUUUGUUUUUUUUUUCUUCGUGUAUAUAGAACAAAUUGGCGUGUCCUUGCUCUGGUUGUCAUUUUUGAUAUCGAAUGCACUAUUAGUCAAUAAAAUUAAUUGUAGCA